AUGGCCUUUCCCACCCAAGACGCCCUCUGCACUCGAUUUGCGACCGAGCUGACCCUCCGUCGCACCGUUGACGAGCACGAUGAAGGCUUCAAGGUCUCGAUUGUUGCUGGAUUAGAGCGCUCCGACCAGGAGCGCGAGACGCUCGAAAAGUUCAACCCUGACUUGCGGCAACUGAAGCUAGGCACAGUCAUUGAACACGCCAUGGACGCUAUAGGGUUGACUGGGACGAACAAGGUGUUUUGCAACGACAUCCUACGCGUGGAGGCUUGUCUCCUCAACAACCACAUCUCACUCUCGUGGAUAUGGCCAGGUCUAUUCCUAGCAGGCAAUAAGGAUCAAUCUGUUGAAGACGUUAAGAUCGUCGAGAUCCUUGUCUUGUCCUGUAUGGAGCAGCCCAGGAGCAUUAUUCUGGCUGUGGUCGCUGCGAAAAGCGAAUUCGCGCUGCAGCAGGUCACUCAACGGGCGAGGGAGAUGGACCCUGAGGGUCACCCCACGCUUGGUCUCAUUACUAAGCCUGACACAUUAGACGAGGGCUCAGAGAUUGAACGAGCAUACCAUGAGCUCGCACAGAACAGGGACGUUGAGUUCCGUCUCGGCUAG